GAGAUCAGCGGCGUGGACGAGAAGUACAAGCCCAUCCGCACAUAUCAGGUGUGCAACGUGAUGGAGCCCAGUCAGAACAACUGGCUGCAGACAGGCUGGAUCUGGCGUCAGGGCGGCCAGCGCAUCUUCAUCGAGCUGCAGUUCACUCUCCGCGACUGCAACAGCAUUCCCGGAGUCUCCGGAAGCUGCAAGGAAACCUUUAACCUCCUGUACGCGGAGUCGGACUGGGAUCUGGGCCGCGUGUCCAGAGAAGACCGAUACAGUAAAAUCGACACCAUCGCUGCUGACGAGAGCUUCACGCAGGGAGAUCUGGGGGAGCGAAAGAUGAAACUCAACACGGAAGUGCGGGAAAUCGGGCAUCUGAACAGGAAGGGCUUCCACCUGGCGUUCCAGGACGUGGGCGCGUGUGUGGCGCUGGUGUCCGUCAGGGUGUAUUACAAGCGCUGUCUGUCCACCGUGCAGAAUUUGGCGGUGUUUCCGGAUACGGUGGCGGAGGCGGCGUUUUCCACACUGGUGGAGGUGAGGGGGGCGUGCGUCAAUAACUCUGAGGUGGACACUGACAGCCCUCCCAGAAUGCACUGCAGCGCUGAGGGCGAGUGGCUGGUGCCCAUCGGGAAGUGCAGCUGCAGCGCCGGGUAUGAGGAGGGACACAGCAGCUGUGAAGCUUGUCCUCCAGGCACCUAUAAGAUGUCUUCCCGGCAGCAGGAGUGUUUCUCGUGUCCGGCUAACAGUAAAGCUGAAGAGGAGGGUUCAGUGCUGUGUGUGUGUGAGGACGAUCACUUCAGGACGCCGCUGGACCCGCCGUCCGCUCCAUGCACACGCCCCCCCUCUCCUCCCCGCGAUUUGGUAUUUACCCUUAAGCAGUCUACACUCAUUCUGGAAUGGGCUGCACCAAAUGACUCUGGUGGACGGGUGGAUCUGUCAUACAGUGUGGGGUGUCGGAGGUGCGUGGGGCCCCCGAGGGCCGCUCAGCUGCAGUGUGAGGCGUGUGGAGCCAGCGUGGGCUUCGUCCCGCAGCAAAACGGUCUGACUGAACGCUCCGUUACUGUGGUGAACCUGCUGCCCAACUCCAACUACUCCUUCAGUGUGGAGGCUCAUAAUGGAGUGUCGGAGCUCCUGCCCAACAAACGCUUCUACACGCAGGUCAACGUGUCCACCAGCCUGCCAGCUCCGUCUCAGGUCAGCGAGCUGCGGGUGGAGAAGGUGGAGCAGCGCAGUGUGACUCUGGUAUGGAGGGAACCCGUGGUGUUUCCCAACAGCAGCCGCACAGAAUACGAGAUCAAAUACUACGAGAAGGACCAGAAGGAUCAGAGUUACUCCACAGUGAAGACGGCCUCCACCAGGAUCAGUGUGAAUAACCUGAAGCCCAGCACCACCUAUGUGUUCCUGAUCCGCACCUGCUCCAGUCCGGCUCCGUCUGCUCUGUCCUCCUCUCCGCUGUCCUCCUCAUCAUCUUCAGCAUCAUCAUCCUCAUCUUCAGCAUCUCCAGCUUCUCCAUCCUCCUCCUCCAGUCCUCCAGUUUCUCCUCCACCGCUGGAUUACGGAGCCUUCAGUGCGCCGCUGGAGCUGCAGACGCUUGGGGAACUGGCUCUGGCCUCCAGUGAACAGUCUCCAGUGGUGAUCAUCAUCGUGGUGUCUCUGGCCGCUCUCAUCAUGCUGCUCACACUCGGAGUCGGUCUGCUCAUCUGGAGAAGACAGUGUGGAUACAGUAAAGCCAGUCAGGAGGGAGAUGAGGAGCUCUACUUCCAGUUUAAAAUUCCCACCAGAAGGACGUACAUCGACCCGGAGACCUGCGAAGAUCUGCUUCAGGCUGUUCAUGCCUUCGCCAAAGAGCUGGAUAUUUCCAGCAUCAAGAUCGAGAGGAUUGUACACACAGGAGAUUUUGGCGAGGUGUGCCGUGGCUGCCUGAAGCUGCCCAGUAAGCGUGAUCUGCCAGUGGCCAUAAAGACUCUGAGAGCCGGAUGUUCAGAGAAGCAGCGGCGCUCCUUCCUCAGUGAAGCGGGAAUUCUGGGACAGUUCGAUCACGCCAACAUCCUACGUCUGGAGGGGGUCAUCACCAGAGGCAACACUAUGAUGAUCGUGGUGGAGAGUAUGGUGAACGGAGCGCUGGACUCGUUCCUGCGGAAACACGAGGGUCAGCUGACGGUCCUGCAGCUGGCGGAUCUGCUGAGCGGAGUUGCGUCUGGGAUGAAAUAUCUGACAGAGAUGGGUUUCCUCCAUCGGCGGCUGGCGGCUCAUAAAGUGCUGGUCAACAGCAGUCUGGUCUGCAAAGUGUCCGGCUUCAGACCGCUGCAGGACGACAAGAUCGAGGCCGUUUACAGCACGCUCCACGGAGGGAAGAGUCUGGUGUUGUGGACGGCUCCAGAAGCGAUCCAGUAUCGCCGCUACAGCUCGGCGUCCGACGUCUGGAGCUUCGGGAUCGUGAUGUGGGAGGUGAUGUCCUUCGGGGAGCGGCCCUACUGGGACAUGGGCAACCAGGACGUAAUAAAGGCUAUCGAGGAUGGUUUCCGGCUGCCGGCGCCGCUGAACUGUCCUCCGUCUCUACAUCAGCUGAUGUUAGACUGCUGGCAGAAGGAGAGAACGGAGAGACCGACUUUCACACAGAUCCACAGCGCUCUCAGCAAGAGCAUCCGCAGCCCAGACAACAUCGGCUCCUCCACGCUCGGACGCAGGACUCUGGGCUCGUCUGUUUCUCUGGCCGAGCGAACUCUUCCCUCUUUCCCAUCCUUCAGCUCAGUGGGUGAGUGGCUGGAGGCUGUAGACAUGGGCAGAUAUAAAGACAACUUCACCGCCGCUGGGUACUGUUACCUGGAGUCUGUGGCCCGCAUGACCGUACAGGAUGUGUUAAGUCUGGGCAUCACCUGUCUGGAGCACCAGAAGCAGAUCCUGUCGGCCAUUCAGACUCUGAGAGCGCAGGUGAUCCAGAUGCACGGCCGCGGGGUGCAGGUCUGACAGCGCCUCUCACAACCUCAGCAAGGAGAAACACAACCCCGCACUGCAAAACAGGCUCUUCUUACUUACAGAUUUACUCCUGCUUCUGGUCCAAACAUCUCAAAAUUCUCAAAUCAAGAAGCAUUUUAUAGACGAGCACUAAAUAUUGUCUUGUUUUUAAAAUAAUGAGUCAAAAUGAAGUGAGUUUUUCCUAAAUUAUAUGUUAAAUAAUCUGCCAAUGGGAUGAGACAAAUACACUCAUUUCAAACUGAGAGCUAGAUUAUUUUGCAUACACUGAAGAUAAGUGGUGGCAAACAAUUGACAUGGGCUGAAUUUAAACAAACAAAUGAAAUUUAGUACUGUUCAACAUCAUUUGAUUGUUUAAAUUCAGCUCAUAGAAAUUGUUUUGCAACCACUUACAAAAUUGAGUAAAUCCAAUGAAUGAUUUAUUUUAGUGUGCCCCAAUGUACUCACUAUUGACUCUAUCAGGGGGCUGCUUUUCAUUCCUUAAGGGAAGGUUUUGAGUUAUCAUUGGGCUGGAAUUACAUGGACCUGGCAACCCUGUAAACCUGUAACCACAGAGUAGGAAAAUCAAAUACUGUGGAAGUCAAUGGUUACCAAUUUCCAACAUUCUUUAAAAUAAUCUGUCAAUAAUAAAAGCAUAUCAAAUGGAAAACUGUUAUUCUGCUCAUCCCCGUUGGCAGAUUAUUUAGCUUGUUUAAAAGGAAA